AUGUAUGUUUACGCAACACAUCAUUACCCUAACAUGGGCUUCUCAAACCGGGUCGAGUCAAUCGGAGAAUUUGAUCAUCAAUUUCGUGUUUCUCCGACGAUUCUCUGGAUCAGUCGUCGACUGAGAAGAGAAGAGAUUGAUUUGGUGGAGAAAUCGAAGACGUUCCGUUACGAAGCGAUGAUAACUAGAUCGAAUCUAGCAGAGCAGCUAAGGGAAUAUCAGAUUCGAUCAAAGCAUGAUUGGGCAUCUGUAUCAUUCUUCUCCUCGACCUCGAGUUUUUCUUCGUCUAGGUGA